AUGAGGCAAAACCUAGAAAUAUUCUCAAAAUUAUGGGAUAUUUCUGAUUUACCAACAGCACAGGUGGCUAGUCAUUUGCAGAAGUAUAGGAAUUAUUUGAAGAGACCAUCUUGUGGAAAAAAGUCAAAGAAAAGUCCAAGGAUUGAGACUCCAGCUGAGUGUAUUAAUAAAACAUCAUUAGAAUCUGAAGAUGUUCACUCAAUGUUACAACAAGACCAAAGUUCUCAAUUGGAUUCAACUCUUCAUAGUGAUAAUAUUUUUGAAACACAACAACAAUCAAAUGAUGUUACUAAUUAUCAAGUUCCCGACAGUGGCUACAAUUAUGAAACACAACAGCAUUCAACAGAUGUCAGCGAUGGUCGAGUCUCCGACAUUAUGAGCAACGAUUUUCCUGAUCCAUCUGACUCGCUCUUUGAUUUAGAUGAGUUAAUAUCAUUAUUAUUUUGA